AAGAGACACCAGAACCAAGGCAACACUUAUAAACACAAGCAUUUAGUCUCUUGUUGCAGCAACCUCAGUGGGAGCACCUGGAGUGUGAGCUUGGAGCAAGAUUUCACAGGUUGUAAGAAAAUGGCAGACAAACUGGACAUGGGGGAUACCAGCAGCUUCGAUAAGGCGAAGCUGAAGAAAACCAAGAAGCAGGAGAAACACCGCCCGAGCAAAGAGACCAUUGAGUAGGAAAAGAGGAGUGAAAUUUCCUAAAAGCCUCGACUGGAGGAUUUCACCACCCAACUCCACUCUGUCAUCUCCAAGA